AUGCCAUCCAUCCAAGAGAAUGACUUCCCCGUCGAAUCAUGUACACCCGACAGUGCUGUUGACAAGAAAAACACAUCACCGCCAGCACCAUCAACGCCAGAAAAGGUGGCCAUGGACGAGCCGUUCCCGUUCUUUGGCUUGCUUUGCUACGCUGAUGCACUAGAUUGGAUGUUCAUGGUGUUGGGGACCAUGGGCUCCCUUGUGCAUGGCAUGGCGCCUUCGAUGUCCUAUUACAUACUCGGGAAAACUGUUGAUGCGUUCGGGAACAACAUAAACGAUCUGAACGCCAUGGUCCAUGAAUUUUCUAAGUUAGUUCCAUAUAUGUGGUUCUUGGCACUUAUCACACUCCCUGCUGGAAUAAUUGAAAUCGCAUGCUGGAUGUAUACAAGUCAAAGACAAAUGACACGCAUGCAGAUGGCAUAUCUGACAUCACUGCUCAGUCAAGAUAUCGGAGCUUUUGACACUGACUUGACCACCGCGACUAUCAUGGCUGGAGCAACCAACCACAUGAGUACCAUAAAAGAGGCAAUUGGAGAGAAGAUGGGUCACUUUAUGUCCAACUUCUCCACAUUCUUAGUUGCUGUCAUUAUUGCCUUUGUGUGUUGCUGGGAGGUGGGUAUGAUGGCAUUCUUGGUAGUUCCGAUGCUCCUCGUGGUUGGAGCAACAUAUGCGAAAAUGAUGGUUGGCAUGUCGGCGACAAGGAUAGCUUUGGUCUCUGAAGUAACCUCAGUUGUAGAACAGACUAUUUCACAUAUCAAGACCGUCUUCUCAUUUGUUGGAGAAAACUCGGCGAUGAAAUCCUUCAUCGAAUGCAUGGACAAGCAAUACAAGCUAGGCAAGAAAGAGGCAAUUACAAAAGGACUAGGUUUGGGAAUGUUACAGAUUGCAACCUUCUGUUCAUACUCAUUGACCAUCUAUAUUGGAGCAUUGGCAGUAACUAGAAGAUCUGCAAAAGGGGGUGAAACGAUUGCUGCAGUCAUUAAUAUCCUCUCCGCUGCAAUAUAUCUCUCAAACGCUGCGCCGGAUCUUCAGACCUUCAGCCAAGCAAAAGCUGCUGGUAAAGAAGUAUUUAAGGUUAUCAAAAGAAAACCAGCGAUAAAUUAUGAAUCAAACGGAAGAAUCUUAGAAAAGGUCACCGGACAUAUUGAAAUAAGAGAGGUGGAUUUCACAUAUCCGUCCCGUAAAGACAAGCUGAUUCUUCAAGGUUUCACACUAGUUAUACCAGCAGGCAAAGUGGUGGCUCUUGUGGGGAGCAGUGGAUGUGGGAAGAGCACUGUGAUUUCUCUGGUUCAAAGAUUCUAUGAUCCUAUAUCAGGUGGCAUUACUGUUGACGGUCAAAACAUUAAGGAACUUGACCUGAAGUCCCUGAGGAGAAAUAUAGGCUCAGUCUCUCAAGAACCAGCACUAUUUUCUGGUACUAUCAUGGAUAACUUGAGAAUUGGAAAACUGGAUGCAACUGAUGAAGAGAUAAUUGAAGCAGCAAAAACAGCUAAUGUGCACUCUUUCAUAUCCAAACUUCCAGAUCAAUACUCGACUGAGGUAGGAGAAAGAGGUGUGCAACUAUCAGGAGGUCAGAAACAGAGAAUAGCUAUUGCAAGGGCUAUACUAAAAGAUCCCCCCAUUCUUCUUCUUGAUGAAGCCACAAGUGCACUUGAUUCAGAAUCAGAGAAGCUAGUUCAGGAUGCUCUUGACAGAGCUAUGAAAGGGAGGACUGUUAUCUUGAUUGCCCACAGAAUGUCAACAAUAAUAAAUGCAGACAAGAUUGUUAUUGUGGAGAAUGGGAGAGUAGCUCAACACGGAACACAUGAAGAAUUGUUGGAGAGAAGUACAUUCUACUCGAGUGUAUGCAGUAUGCAAAGUCUAGAAAAGAAAUCCAGCAAGAGUGAAGACAGAUUUACUGAUCAGGUCGAAGAAGAACAAGACAGUGCAACGUAUAAAGAACAAUCUUUUGCUGCAUAUGAACAAGAGAAGAAACCAGAACCGACCUCAAAGCAAUCGAAGCAAAGUAUCAGAAAGAGAACGUCUGCUUUCAACAGGAUAUUCCUCGGAACUUUUAAACUGGUGCCAGGAAAGGUUCUGGUGGGCUCCACAGCAGCAGCAAUCUCUGGGAUCUCAAGGCCUCUAUUUGCUUUCUAUAUCAUGACAGUUGGCAUAGCAUACUUCGAUGCAGAUGCAAAUAAAAAAGUCAGCAAGUACUCAAUUAUUUUGUUCCUGAUAGGGAUGUUAACAUUUUUCAGUAACAUCUUCCAGCACUAUAUCUACGGCCUGGUCGGUGAAAGGGCAAUGAAUAACCUAAGGGAGGCCCUGUUUUCAGUUGUUCUUCGAAGUGAAAUAGGUUGGUUCGAGGAACCAAAAAACAGUGUUGGCUUCCUGACCUCACGUGUUGUCAGUGACACCUCCAUGGUAAAAACGAUUAUAUCUGAUCGAAUGGCUGUCAUGGUUCAAUGCAUCUCUUCAAUUAUUAUAGCAACAGCGUUAAGCAUAGCAGUGAACUGGAGGAUGGGUCUAGUUGCAUGGGCUAUGAUGCCAUGUCACUUCAUCGCUGGCCUUGUACAGGUCAGGUCAGCAAAAGGUUUUGCCACUGACAACUCUAAGUCUCACCGGAAGCUCAUCUCACUCACUUCAGAGGCUGUUAGCAACAUCCGCACUGUGGCCUCUUUUGUUCAGGAAGAAGAAAUACUCAGGAAAGCAGAUUUGGCAUUGCAAGAACCGAUGCGGAUAAGCAGGAUUGAGAGUAUCAAGUAUGGUGUGGUACAGGGGAUUUCCCUCUGCUUGUGGCAUAUGACACAUGCUAUUGCAUUGAGUUAUACCAUUGUGCUACUUGACAGGAAACUAGCAACAUUUGAAAACUGUGUACGAUCAUACCAAGCAUUUGCAAUGACAAUACCUUCCAUCACAGAGCUAUGGUCCUUGAUCCCUAUGGUCAUGUCCGCCAUUGCGAUAUUGGAUCCUGCACUAGACAUUCUCGACAGAGAAACACAGAUUGUGCCGGAUGAACCAAAAUUGAACUGUGAGGACAGAAUUGUAGGUAAUGUUGAGUUCGAAGAUGUCAGUUUCAGCUAUCCCUCGAGACCAGAAGUGAUCAUACUAGAUGGAUUCAGUCUAGCUAUCGAAUCAGGUCAAAGGGUCGCAUUGGUUGGGCCAAGUGGUUCGGGAAAAUCCACAGUGUUGGCUCUGCUGCUAAGAUUCUACAAUCCUUGCAGCGGCCGAGUACUUAUAGACGGGAAGGACAUCAGAGGCUACAACCUCAAGAGCCUGAGAAAGCAGAUAGGACUGGUGCAGCAAGAGCCAAUCUUGUUCAACCUGUCUAUAAGACAGAAUAUCAGCUAUGGAAAUGAAGGCGCAUCAGAAACAGAAAUAGUGGAGGCCGCAAUGGAGGCAAACAUCCAUGACUUCAUAAGCAGCCUGUCAAAAGGGUAUGAUACCGUGGUCGGGGACAAAGGAGGCCAACUUUCCGGAGGACAAAAGCAGAGGAUAGCUGUGGCAAGAACUAUACUGAAGAAGCCCGUCAUACUGCUACUAGAUGAGGCGACAAGUGCUCUAGAUGGUGAAUCUGAGAGGGUGGUAAUGAACACCCUCGGUGCAAAAGGGUGGAAAAACAAGGGUGAGCUCUCAAGCAAGAUCACAAGUAUCACGAUUGCCCACAGGCUGUCCACAGUCACAAACGCAGAUGUAAUUGUCGUGAUGGACAAAGGUGAGGUGGUAGAGACGGGUAGCCACGCAACAUUAGUCUCAGCAAGCAAUGGUGUUUACUCGAGACUGUACAAUAUGCAAAUCAAAGCAGGGAAAGACUGA